GCCCGAUGAAGCCGCUACCUGUCUCCAUAGCGACGAUACCCCGGAAAUACACACCGUGAUCAGCUUACUGCUUGGUUAUCGAAACAAACUUAUAUCCGUGCUGUUUUCUUUUCUUUUCUCUUUUUCUUUUGUUGUUUCCUCGAGUGAGUAUGUCGGAGCUCGAGGCUGAGGCGCAACGGGAGCCGAGAGACAGCAGCAAGAAGAAGAAGAAGAAAAAGAAAGAGAAGCGAAGGGGAAGCGAGGAGGAGGAGGAGGAACAAGAGGAGCAGGUGGAGAAAGAAGAAGAGAAGAGUGAGAGUGUGUUGAUGCGAGGGAUCUUCAAAGUGGGGAAAAAGAGCCACGAUGUCCUGCUCACACGGACCAGGCUGACAUGGACCCCCAUCAUACCAGAGAGUCCCACAGGGGAAGGAAGCGUGGUGCAGGCAGGUGUGGUGUUGCUGCAGGACGUUUUCGCCGUGAAGGUGAAGAGGAGGCGAAUGGCGGGCCAGCAGUCGGGGGGAGCCGUGCUCGGCCUUGCUCUCUUCCACAGCAGGAGGAGGGGACGGAGGCUGGAGGAGGACACACUGCACCUCCACAACGCCUCCGCAGAACACACACACUCCUGGUAUAACACUCUGAAAGAACUGCUCACAGGCUUCAGCAGCCGGCCCAGGUAUGUGAAGGUGUUUAUCAACCCGAGCAGCCACAAGAAGGAGGCCGUUCACAUCUACAGAGACCAUGUGGCUCCUCUUUUCAAGAUGGCGGACAUCCGCACUGACAUCACAGCUACUCCUCUUCUCUUUCUUUCCCUUCUCUCAGCAGAUGGCACGAUAUCCGUUGUCCCACUUUUUCUUUUGGCAGCUAUCAAGCACACACAACCAUUAACUGAUAGGAAAGGUCAUGCUCUCUCAGUGAUGAAGGAAUGCAAACUGGAUGAAUACGAUGGGGUGGUGUGUGUCGGUGGGGACGGAUCAGUGGCGGAGCUGUGCCACGCUUUGGUUCUCCGAGCCCAGCUCGAUGCAGAUUCUCCAGAAAACCCAGUGAGAGCAGCUCUGCCGCUGGGAAUCAUUCCUGCCGGUUCUACAGAUGUGGUUUCCUGUUCAGUCCAUGGAGUCAGAGAUCCACUCACAGCAGCUCUCCACGUUGUUUUAGGUCAUGUGCAGCAGGUGGACAUGUGCAGCUUCUUGUCCAACGGUCAGCUGGUGCGUUUUGGAUUCUCUUCCAUGUUUGGUUUUGGCGGCCGGAGCUUAGCGAGGGCAGAAAAGAAGAGGUGGAUGUCAUCGUCGCGGCGACGAGAAUAUGCGGUGGUGAAGACCUUGGCCAGGCUUAGGCCAGAGGACUGCCAGCUGUCAUUUUUACCUGCAAAAGGCUCAGAAAGCAGUUUUUUUGGACAACAAGACCAGGGCGAAGAACUGGACACAGAGUCAGCAGAGGAGUCUUGGGUGACCAAUCAGGGUUUGUACCUCAGCAUCAGCAUCAUGUCUAUCCCCUGUCUGAGCCCACAUGCGCCUCAGGGAUUGGCUCCAAACACCAGUUUGGACAAUGGCAGCGCCUCACUGAUCGCAGUAGGCAAUGCUUCCAGGUCAGAGUUCAUCAAGCACCUCAAGAGGUACAGCAGCUCUAGCGGACAGUUCAGCUUCCCCUUCGUGGAGACGCACUCCGUGUCGGCGGUGAAGGUUCGACCCCGAUCGCUGAUUGGCUGGUCUGAGGAGGAGAGCGAAGACGAGGGAGACUCCAAAAAUACACCCAUCAUCCAAUCAGAGGGAGCCGCUCUGCCCUGGAACAUCGACGGAGAGCUGGUGGAGAUGGCGCAUGAAGUGCUCAUCAGGUGGGACCAGCUGAGUUUCAGGACUGGAACCCAAAGCACUGCUGAGUGCAUGGAUUUGUUUGAGAAACAUUGUUAUGUCAAAGCAAGGUCAGCUCACCCAAAACACCGCCGUUUUCUUUGUGGAUGUCUAAUAAGGUUCUUUAAAUGCAUCUGCUUCAAGCGCAUAAUUUUCACUGACACCUUAAAACAAUCAGACAAACAAUAAAGCUUUACGUAAUUCUGAAAGUAAAGCAGCUAACUGUUGGCAACCUGGAUAAAGAUUUGCAGAAAGACACACACGUUUUUUUUAUUUUUUAUUGCAGAAUCAACUUGGGCAACAUUUAUAUAAUUUUACUGUUUAUUUCCUCACUGUUUGUAUAAUUUCUCCAGAAGGAGUCAGUUUGUGCCGACUCCUGUGUUUUUGUGCUGAGAAGACACAGUCAGACACACUGUGUCUUUUGGAGUUUGUGUUCAUAGUCACUCUUUUCUAAAGUCUUUUGUCCUCAAGCACCCAUAUUAGUACUCUUCAUCUGUUUAAGGUAAAAUAAAAAUGAAAGAAAUCCUGUCAUAAAUAUGAGCAGCUUUCCACUCAGUUAUGCUCUCUGGUGCUUGCAGACACUAUCUUGUGUUGUGGUUGCCACUAAAUAUACAUUGUUCUUAACUGGAAACUGGGUUCUUUUAAGUGUUAUUGUUGCUGUUAUGUUAUUUGUCACUGGGUUUCUCAGUUUUCUCUCUUUUUUCUCUUUCUGUAGAAGCAGACUCCUUGGGUGCAUUAUCUAGAUCCUGUUCCUAUCUUCCUCAACUCUCUUCCUUUCUUUUUUUUUCUCUUCUCCAUUGAUUUUUCAUCUUGUCUAUUUUGAUUUAAAUGACACCACAGUAGUUUCUAAUAAUGAUUUUUUAAAUAUUAUUAUUAUUUAGUAAAGAACAGAGAAAACUGUAAUGCUCCAUUUGUAAAAGUGCAUUUGUUAGGUACUCAGCUACACACGAUUAAACAAAAUGAACUAAAUAAAUACAUUGAUUUUGAACAGCAUUUAAUAAUGCAGUCAUUUUACAAACUGAAAACAUCUUUAAAAAUCUACCUUCAGAAUAAAAAAUUAAGACUGAAGCCACGUAAAAGAUUCUCGGUUUCUUUUUUUUCUGCAGAACGCAUCGUAAUCGCUGUGUUUGUGUUCAGGGUCCAUCCGAGACUCAUCACUCUGUAUGGGGAGGAGGUUCACGAGGCGGAGUCAACCGUCACCUGCAGCUGCAUCUGAGAGCGACAGGAAGAGCUGCACCACGUCUGUCACCACCGUGUCCUCUUGAAGAAGCCACAGACGCUCCCGAGAUGUUUACUGCCAACGUCACAUGAAGUGAAAACAAUUGUCUGUCAGCUAACUGUCCAAGAGAUUUACAGAAAUAGACCCAUAUCAUCACACAUCCUCCACCGUACCUAACAGUGGGCAUUUACAGCAGUUUAUCCCUUAAGUUAAUAUGUGACUUAUUAUAAAAGUGGCUACUAUCCAUUCUUUUACAUUCAAAUUAAUGUUUACAGGCCUCAUUUGUGUUAUCAACUCCAUUCUGUGUUUGUGUUACUUUCUUUGCUUUGAAAUUACUCACAUUUUUACUGAUCCAAAAGUUUUAUAAGUGAAUAUUUCUCAAGACUUUUGUUUUUGUUUCCACGUUAUUUUGUGGUUAUCAUAGAAAAAAACAACAACAAAUGUUUAAAUAAUACAAAAAAAUCUUUUAUUUUAAUAGGGGAGUAUUGAUAAAAGCAGUGAGACGCUCCAGUGCAGAACAAACUUUCAUAAAAAAUAAAAUAAAAAUGUCAUUUCACAUUCAAAGAUGUGUAUUUCUAUGGCAUGUAAAAGAUGAGGGACAAAGUUGUUUCGACAGUUUGCAUUCACAGAAUACAGGAAGGUAAGACAAUUAUCUGACAACAUUUUAUUUUUCCAAAAGCCUCUUUCAAGUGAAUGUCAUUUAUUUCUUUGGCGUAGUCGAGUGGAGUUUCAUUUGAAUCAUUUUCAUUUCAUUUCAGCACAUUGUAACUUGUAAAAUACUAUAUAA